GCUCAUCUGCGCAAAAUCCUCAAAAUCGAAUGCUCCACCAUCCUCUCGUCGCCCUCGAUCCAAGAAACCCUCCUCUCCUCCCUAAACCCCCAGCCCUCCCCCAAAUCGGCCGCCCUGCGCCCCCGCAAGCCCCGAAAGUCCGUCGUGCGCGACGAGCAGCGCCUCCUCGAGCGCUCCAAGCAGCAAGAGGCCUACAACCAGCAGUGCCUCUACCGCAUCGCCGCCUCCGUCACCGCCUUCAAGGUCCGCGAUCCCGACCCCAGCGCCGUCGAUGGCGGACACGUCCUCGGCCUGCGCUUUGAGAUUAUGACGCGCGGCCAGUUCCUGCAGCCCUACUACGUGAUGCUCAACCGGCCGUAUCCCGGCAACGCCAAGUUCCUGCGCAUCCAUCGCCAUACCGUUCCGCCGGCCAUUCCGCUACCAGGCUUGGCAGCGAGACACCUGCCCGCACCGAAACAACAGACAGAAGACCAAGGUGAAGGGGACACACUGCCAUCGCCGCCCAAACAAGAUCUCGAGCGAUUCGUCAAGUCUUUAAGGAGGGAGAUCAUGAGGUACCACAACAGGCUGGGGGUGUCGGCGGAUCUGCGGCGGAGCCUGGGAGCGCACAGCAGCCAGAGCCUGAUGGCCGCCGACGGCUCAUUACCUCCCAACGCCAUCGUCGACGUGAGCAUUGCGGAUACCGAGGCGAAGCAGAUACGGCUCACGUGGGCCGACGAGCGAAACGGCCGCCUGGUCAUGGACGACGAUGGCAGAGUGGUCAAGUUUAUGGUGUUUGGGGCAGAGGGGAGGGACUGGGAGACUACGAGACAGCUCGGAGAGAGCCAAGGGCACGUCGAGGACGUGGCUAAGAUGUUGGAGCAGUUU